GGCUGGGAGGAUGGCGAACAGCUUCAGUCCGGACAGCGAGCCCACUACACGCACCUUGCUACGGCGGGUGCUGGAUACAGCGGACUCCCGCACCCCGCGGCGACGCCGGAGUGCUCAGGCUGGUUCCCCAAAAACCCUGCGUGAAACACGUUCUUCCACAAGACGGAGGAGCCAAACAAAGACAACUGCCAGACAGCAUUCCCAUGGAGGCAGGUCUAUUGGCAGAUUAGCCCAUGUUCGAGCCAGUAAGAACCUGGAGGAACAGACACCUCGGACUCUGCUGAAGAAUAUCCUAUUAACUGCCCCAGAAUCGUCCAUCCUGAUGCCAGAAUCAGUGGUGAAGCCAGAACCAGCACUACAGGUGGUCCAGCCUUCCAGAAGGGAAAGCAGUCGGGGCAGUCUGGAGCUGCAACUUCCUGAACUAGAGCCCUCCACAACCCUAGCACCAAGUCUGCCAGCCCCUGGCAAGAGGAAGCAGAAGCUGAGAUUGUCAUUGUUUCAACAAGAAGUAAAUCAGGGGCUCCCUCUCCCUCAAGAUCCUGCAGGGAAUGCUGAUGCCUCGUCACUUACCAGCUCCCUCAACCUGACAUUUGCCACACCUCUUCAACCACAGUCAGUGAGGAGACCUGGUUUGGCCCGCAGACCUCCUACCCGAAGGGCUGUAGAUAUGGGUCUCUUGUUGCAAGAUCUGCAUGAUAAUUCCUUAGCCUUAGCUCCUCCAGGUGACAGUGGCAGAGCUGCUGUUGCUACUUUGCCAACGGAUACGGUGUUGGAGGAUACCCAGCCCUUCUCACAGCCCUUGGUUGGCCAUUCUCCCAGUGUGUAUCACUCCCCAGCCCACUCCUCUCACACUGGUACUGAAUAUUCUGAGAGGACUGUGGGUCAUAGGACACACAGCAUUGGGCCAGAACUGCAGAACCACAAGCUACAACCUUGGCCUGCUGCUUCUUCAGUGGUGUCAGAAGCAGAGAGAUCCAAGGGGGCUGUGGAGGACAAUGAGCCAGAAGGAUCUAUACAGAAUGAAGACAUUUCUGGCAGGCCAGCAAGUCCAGAAUUGGCCGCCAGCACCCCUGAGUUCCUCCAGGCCAAGCGAUCCCGUCAGUUUCUUGAGCCAGCCCCAACACAGCCUGAUGUUGCAGUCUUGCCUCCAGAGCCUAAGGAGCCUGUGCCAGCCAAACUUCCCCCCAGGCCCCGGACUGCUGCCCCCAGACGCCGUCAAGAUCCUUACAAAGCUGGACUGAGCCACUAUGCAAAACUCUUUAGUUUCUAUGCCAAGAUGCCCAUAGAGAAGAAAGCUCUCGAGAUGGUGGAGAAGUGCCUAGACAAGUAUUUCCAGCACCUUUGCAAUGAUCUGGAGGUGUUUGCUGGUCAUGCUGGCCGCAAGACUGUGACGCUAGAGGAUUUGGAGCUGCUGAUGCGACGGCAGGGUCUGGUCACUGAGCAAAUCUCGUUGCAUGUGCUUGUGGAGCGACACCUGCCCCUGGAGUACCGCCAGCUGCUCAUCCCCUGUGCAUUUAGCGGCAAUUCUGUCUUCCCUGCUCAAUGAUGGCCAGGCCUCAACCUUUGCUCUGUCUGCACCAGGACCUCGUAAUUCAUAUCGUUCUCCAGCUCUCUCCC